AGUGGUAUCUUCCGCUGCCCCGGAAACGCCGGCGACAGCAGGAUAGACCCCGGUGUAGCAAAGCAGGUGGAACUGAUUUGUCAGCCAAAGAGUAAGAAAUAGGUGUCCACAGGUGUCAACUUGGAGCAUCCAUCAGUGCCGUCUGACAGGCAUCAGCUCAGCAUCAGUUACGCUGGACAAGCUCAAUCUCUUAGAUUUGAAUGGCCAAGGCAGCCAGAAGUACACAGCAAAGCCUAUCAAAGGUUCAGUGAUGCCUGUGAAGAAAAAGAGGAAGCUCCCUGAUGCAGAUGAUCAUGAGCGCAAAUGUAAAAUUACGAGUUUCACCAGGCCUCAGAUCCGGGGGGCGCGGCCGGUCAGCGGGGACAGGCUGUUCUCCAAUAAGAAGUGUCUGGCCUGGUUCCACGCGUACGCCGGCGCCGACAAGGUGGUGGGCCCGGAGGCCAUGGAGAGGUUCUGUGAAGACAUCGGAGUGGAACCAGAGAAUAUUAUCAUGUUAGUUUUAGCCUGGCAUCUAGAAGCAUCAAGUAUGGGCUUCUUCACAAAAGAGGAGUGGCUCAGGGGAAUGACGUUAUUACAGUGUGACUGCACAGAGAGGUUACAGAACAAACUGGACUACCUGCGCAGCGAGCUCAACGACUCUGCAGUCUUCAAAAACGUCUACAGAUACGCCUUUGACUUCGCCAGAGAUAAGGACCAGAGGAGUUUAGACAUGGACACGGCUAAGUCCAUGCUGUCGUUGAUACUGGCGACCACGUGGCCUCUCUUCCCCGUCUUCAGCCAGUUCCUGGAGCAGUCCAAGUACAAGGGGAUGAAUAAGGACCAGUGGUAUAACGUCUUGGAGUUCAGCCGGACCAUCAACACAGACCUCAGUAACUACGAUGAAGACGGAGCUUGGCCGGUGCUGCUCGACGAGUUUGUGGAAUGGAAGAAAUCCUGGUCAGCAUCGUAGCAGACAACUCGACACCGAAAGAAGACGGAGAGAAACAAAAACCACAUUGUUAAAGAAAAAGAUCAGACACACACACACACGGACACACGGACUACAGCAUCCUCCCUGUAUGGGGCAGCCCUUUCUCUCACUGAGUCGACUUUUAUAGUGUUCAUUUGGAGAAAAGAAAAUGUUCUUAAAAUAAGAAGAGAGAUUUGGAAUUUAUGUUUUCUUGUUAACAUUUUAUUUUCCAUUUUGUGUCUUGUUUAUAGAUGUUUUCACAGUAAUAAAAAGGAAUUGGAAGUAUGA